CGACCCUCACCUCACCGCACCUCAAACCUCCGUCUACUUCAACAACACACAGACUUCGUUGGCAAAGUCUCAGCCGCUGUUCACGCUCGAGCGCAUCAGGACCCUCGCGAAACAACCUCACUUAUACACAAACAACCCACUUUGCCGUUUCGGCCCCCUUCAGCCUCUCCACAUCGUCGACUCGAUAUAUGGACACUGAGCCCCCCCUCUCGGAGCAUAUACACGUCGCCAGGGCCACACUAUCUUUGAGAGAUUUGGAAACAGCAUCCCCAGACUGGACUAUCUGAAAGCAUAAGACUUUUACGCCCUCCUUUGGACAUAUCUCGACGAUCACCCUCUUUCUUUGGAGAUCAUCAGACAUACCCUGUAUCUACGACGACUACGACGCCGCUUUGACAGCGCCCUCAACUAUCAAUCAUCCCAUCAUCCACCAUCAACAACAUGAAGGCCACCACGCUCUUCAGCGCCAUCUUCCUUCCCGCCCUGGCCAUGGCCCAGGGCGAGGAUGACAAGGACGACAAGUACGACACUUCGAUCACGACUGCCACCGUCACCCUGACCCAGACCAUCAUGCUCGCCAAGGUUGUCGAGACGGCCACCUUCACUGCCACGCGCAACGCGACCAUCACGUCUGAGAUCCCCAGCGCCACCAGUGACAUCGUCUCCGUCUCCGUCUCCACGACGUCGUCUGCUCCCGCCCAGGUCACCUCUUCCAACGAGAACGCCGGCCAGGCCCUCAGUGUCUCCAACAUGGUCAUGGCCGGUAUCGCCGGUCUUGCUGCCCUCUCACUGAUGUAA